UUAGUAUGCAUCAUGAAACUCGGAGGUUAAGGGGAACUAAUCUGCAGCUGAAGGAGGAAGAAAGCAGAAGCUAAAAUGAAUCUGCUAAUUUGAGCGUGUGCACUAUCUCCUGUGUGUGUGGUUGGACGUAACAUCUGACUGCAGCAGGACAGCCACGCGGGAUGUCCUCCAGGAUGAUUGUGAAAAGAGCAUUAAAAGCAUCCCCGGUGGUUAAUGAGUCCUCCAACGUGAAAUUAAGCAUGAACAAUCAAAGAGAUGUCAAAAUGUUUCAAAUCUCUGGGGUAAUUUUGAUGCUUGGUUUUGUUGCCCUGAUGGCUCUUCACUUCAUGAGAGCAGACAGCACAGUUAAUGGUAAGGGAGAAGAAACGGUUGUCAGUGUUCACCAGGAGAUAGAGGAGGAAGAACUCUAUGGAGAUCUCCAGAGAACCGCAGUAAUUGAAGAGGACACAAAUAGAUCCAAUGAUUCCUGCAGCUUUGAACUUGUGGAAAGCGUUCCUUAUGACUUAGCUUUUGAGAUAAAUAGCACUGCAGCCAAACCCUUGUACCAGGCCUGGAUGAACCUCCUUGAUAUAGCCCAGGAAGAAAUUCAUGUGGCUUCUUACUAUUGGUCCCUUACUGGGAAAGACAUCAGCGUCAACGACUCAUCUUCAAAGCAGGGUGAAGAAAUUCUGAAGAGAUUUGAGAGAUUGCUUGCAGAGAAUGUCUCUGUGUACAUUGCAGCAAGUAUGCCGACUUUGGUUAUGAAUUCAACCGACCUGGAGCUUUUAGAGAGAAAAGGAGCUCAUAUAAAAAGAAUUGAUUUUGGACGUUUGACAGGAGGAGUAUUGCACAGUAAAUUCUGGAUCAUAGACAUGAAACACAUAUAUAUUGGUAGUGCAAAUAUGGACUGGAGAUCUUUAUCUCAGGUGAAAGAGUUUGGUGCUGUGAUAUACAACUGCAGCUGCUUAGCCAAAGACCUCUGGAAGACAUUUCGAACUUACUGGGAUCUUGGACAUGCUAGUGCUACCAUCCCAUCCCCUUGGCCUCAAAACUAUUCUACCCGCAUUAACAACUCUCGGCCUCUGGAAGUAGAAUUUAAUGGAACCUUGACAAAAGCCUAUUUUUCUGCUUCUCCUCCUGCAUUUUGUCCAGAAGGUCGCACUCAUGACCUCUUUGCUAUUAUCAGUGUUAUCAGUGCGGCACAUAAAUUUGUCUAUAUUUCUGUUAUGGAUUAUUUCCCUACCAGCCGUUUUGUUCACCCAAAAAGAUACUGGCCAGCCAUUGACAAUGCUCUGAGACGUGUGGCUUUCAACUACAGAGUACAAAUCCGGCUUCUGGCCAGCUGCUGGACCCACACCGACCCAUCCAUGCUCCACUACCUGAGGUCCCUGAGUGCUCUCAACAACCCUCACACCCACAUGAGUAUCAGCGUGAAACUCUUCAUCAUUCCAGUUUUGAAUCACACAAAUAUUCCUCAUGGCAGAGUGAAUCACAACAAAUUUAUGGUCACAGACAAAGCAGCCUAUAUUGGGACUUCCAAUUGGUCAGAAGAUUACUUCACCAACACAGCCGGCGUGGGACUAAUUAUCAAGCAGAGUUCGACCAACCUGCAGAGAAGGGAACGGCCUGUCCAGGAACAAUUAAAAAGCAUUUUUGAGCGAGACUGGAAUUCUAGAUAUUCAGUGAAUGUGGAGGAUGUGCAAGGUCAGAAAGACUGCAACUGGAGGGACAGACUCUGAAGUGAACAGGAGAACACGUUUAAAAGGGAACUUCUCAUAGCUGAGUCUCCCUGCCUGCUCAUCAGCCAGUGUGUGAUGUUUCCUUUGCUGUGUACUAUUAGCCCAUCUCAGAGUUAAUGAAAUACAUAUGGUGUUGUAGCACAGUCUGAUAUUAAAGAGAACAUGGGAAGAUGUGAUCAGAUCUGAAUACACUGGAGAAGCACGUCAUUAUUGCUGUGCUUAUCCUGGGAAGCUUUAUAUUCAACCAUAGUGUUCCACUAGCAGUGUUUGCUUACCAUGUAUUUAAGCAUUUUUCAAAUAAAGUCCUGAUCCCUGUAAGAUCUGA